CGUUAAAGACCUAUCAUAAUGAUAUCUGCUACAAGUUGCGUGGCCUCUCUCCAACGGAAAGCUGAUAGAGACGGAAGGAUGCAUUUGCUGGAUCAGCGGCGCCAGCUUAUCAAGAAAUUUGCCUGUUGCAGUUGUAUUUCCACUCUUGUGAAUGAACCUGACAAAUGGGAGAAGGAACCUUCUGAUCGCCCUCCAUUGCACUCGUUACUGCUGCCAAGCUGCCACUCGUAGAUAAAGCCACUGCCAGAAAGGAGAGAUCACCUGCUUGUACCUGCCAUCCCUGAGUGGACAGACCGUGCGCAUUCAUGUGCGCAUAUGACGAUGUCUCCGGAUGCAUCUGCCAGAUUUCCUAUUUCCGAGGCGGGUUUGUGCCGUAUCAGCAGAAUGACCACAUCGCAUCAUUCAGACUCGUCAAGAAGCUUUCAAGUCCGGUAGCCUGCAUUCAUGUCUGCAUGAAGGGAUAAAUCACCAUGUACACAGCUGCACUGCACCGCAGGCCUGGCGAAGUUGCCCGUCACCAAGACAGUUCUGUAUUCUAACUGUUGUUUCCUCAAAUGGUUGAAAAAUCAGGUCACAGUCAAAGUUAAGUGUGCACGUGGGGGGGAGACAGGAUCCGUUAGAUCAUCGUCGGCAUCAGUGGAUCCUUCAUCAGGCUAUCGCGAGGUGCGGGUCCGGCAUCAGGGUACAUUGACAGGUGUGCGAGAGGUUUCUGCUGUAAUCUAUCGGAGGACCUUUUUCCCUGCCUCCACGUGGCUUGCUGUGGAAUUCAGCUUUCUGUUACUCUGGCUCACUCUGGACGUGGGGGUGGUGGGGGGGGAAGGGCAGGGAAGGUUCGGGGGAGGAUAGGCAGAUGAUGGCAGGGUACGGUCUGACUGGCGUGCCAUCAACGAAUGCUAUUUAUGUGUGCAAUCUUCCCCCAGGGACGGAUGAAUUAGCACUUGCAGAGCACUUUGGAACAAUUGGCUUGAUUAAGAAGGAUAAGAGGACGAACAGGCCAAGGAUAUGGCUGUACAGGGACAAAGCCACGAAUGAGCCCAAGGGUGAUGCAACAGUCACCUACGAGGAUCCUCAUGCUGCUGCGGCUGCAGUCGACUGGUUUGAUCGCAAAGAGUUCCAUGGCGCUAUCAUUUCUGUGUCGCUGGCAGAGAAUAAGAAGCAGAUAGCGGUUGGCGAUGGCAUGGGACUUGGGGUGAUGGUGGCAGGAGAUGCAGCUGCUCCUUCCUCUAACAUGCAGGCAGAAUUGGGAGGGGUUGGCUGUCAUGGGAGGGGCCGUGGGGAGCCGCCUUCUGCAGGAGGGAAGCCUUGGCAGCAGGAUGGGGACUGGUCCUGCCCCAAUCCAAGCUGUGGUAACAUAAACUUUGCCUUCAGAGGACAGUGCAAUCGAUGUGGAACCCAGAGGCCUGGGGGAAGUAGUGGAGGGGGUGCAGGACGAGGGCGGGGGCGAACUGGUCCAGGUACUGGUGGAGGGGGGCGUGAAGGCAGGGGUGUCGGGGGUCCCCCUGGCCUCUUUGGUCCAAAUGACUGGCCUUGCCCAAUGUGUGGCAACAUUAACUGGGCAAAGAGGACAAAAUGUAACAUUUGCAACACGACAAAACCUGGCUUCAAUGAAGGGGGGAGUCGGGAAGGGCGGGCUGGAGGGUACAAGGAGCUGGACGAAGCAGAGCUUGAAGAGACCAAAAGGCGACGGCGGGAGCAUGAAGAGGACGAUGGAGAAAUGUAUGAUGAUUUUGGUAACUUGAAGAAAAAGUUCCGUGCACGAGCCAAGGCCGGAGAAAUGCCGCAGCAGACUAACUUUGAGGGUGGAAAAGCAGGCUGGGAGGAGGCCCUUAGGGCAAGUGAUCGGGGAGACAAAAGCAGGGAGCGAGAUAGAGAGUUCGAUCGGGGCCGUGUGCUAGAUAGGGAUAGAGGUGGAGAAGGAGACAGAGAACGUUACGGAGAAAGAGAUGACUACAGGGAAUGGGACAAGGACAGAGACCGUGACAGGGACUGGGAACGGGAUCGAGAUAGGGGGAGGACUCGUGAUGGCAGGGAUGAUCGCCAUGGUGUGUGGAAUGGGCACAGAUCCUCAUAUCGCUCCAGAUCACAGGAAGAUGACUGGGGGCAUGGGGAAAGAGAACGUAUUAGAGAGAGGGAGCAUUACAAAGCCGAUGAGAGGAGCAAGCCAUAUGUUUGAGAGGGGGGGAGAGUGAGAGGCAGGAACAAGGAGAGAGAGGGAGAGAGCGAGAAAAAGAGAGAGGGAGAGAGAGAGAAAGAGAGAGGGAGAGAGGUAAAGGCAUGGGAGGGCAAGAGGUUGUCUGACAAGGUGUAUGAGUGAAGGCAGAAUUCAGGCGCUGAGUGUAUGCUUCCCUGGAUGAGACAAUGAGCAUCACUUUGCUGUCAAAGAAGGAAGGAAUGUUUAUCCGACAAGUGAAUAGAAAGGCCAUGCCUGAGCGCUUUUUCGUUGACCAUUUUGAUCUUGGAAUUGUUGACUGAAAAGGAAGAGCCAUUUAGUCAUUCGUGCUUCAUCUUGUUUGGAAUAGCUCUCACAUGAAUGCCGUUUUUGCCCGACUUCCGGUUGCUCCAGGUCCUCGUUGGAAUGAGGAUUACAUUACAUUAUUUUUUUCAUAGCUGACAGUCUUCAAUGAAAUGCUGAUUGCUUG